CAUUUCUUAUGUUAUUUAGUUUUGACAUCGAAAUCCAUAAAUUUAAUAUAAAUUUUGAUAAAAAUGCCAAACCGUUUUUAGCACGAUUAGGCAACAAAAUUUUGCGUUCAAGCUUUGCAUAGAAGAGUCGCAGCGCAUAUUUGAAAUCCAUAUUUUGAUCGACGCGUGCCGGUAAAAUAGAUCGCAUAAACUCUGUGCUGCUGCCCGAUGAGCUCUACAUUGCUUUGAGUCGAUUCCUAAGCUACCAGCGGGAGCAGAAUAAGGCUGCCUCGUGGCGACAUUGCUCCGAAAGUGACUCCGAUGAGACGGUCGACGCAGCAUACGUUAAACACAUCUGCCACAAAAACUAUCAACCAAUAAUGCGUUCAAAUAAGCCUCAAGAUGCAACCGAUCCAGCGAAACGUAAACCCACGCCGAACAAUGUCCAGGAUGUGCCAGCACCAGCACCGCAAUUGCUGCCGUAUCCGCAGGAAUUUUGGAAUACCGUGCAGCCUCAGACGUCCAGCAUAGUGCGCAAUGCGAGCGAUCGUCGCGCUCGUUCCUUGAGCGCUCCGGCUUCUCACACGGAAUCUCAACGCACGUGCCUUAGAGGCGCUGAUAAUUUUUGCGCCGUUCAACCAGAUAAGGCAAAUAAUUACCUGGGCUUACAGCCAACUGGUGCCUACGUAAGCCAGACACAACAGCCAACGCCAGCAAUACCAACUAGGGAUUGCUCAGCGUGUCCCAAUAGGACUGGCAGCAGCAAUGCCUAUACAGUGCCCAGCAAUGUGAAUCCCUACGAUAUGAUGCAGCAACAAACGACAAAUCCAACGAGUGACACCGUCUUUGACCUGAGCUAUGAGAAAUGGCUGCGACAGCAAAAUCAGAGACAGCAGCAGCAGCCGCAACCGGGCUAUAAUACUUGGCAAAGGAACGAUCAGACCUUAGAUAAUUUUGAGCCUGCUCUGAACAGCACCAUGAUUGCCAGCAGGGCGCCCUCUAAGCGUAUGUCCAACGCAAAGCUGCGGCAACAGCAGCAGCAACAACAACAACAACAACAACAACAGCAACAACUGCAGCAGCAGCAGCAGCAACAACAGCUGCAACAGCAGCAGCGGAUAGCAGCAUGUAACUCUUCCGGAGUAAUAUAUGAUCAGAGUCAGGGUCAAGUAUAUUCCGGAUGUUGCAUGAAACAAAGGCAACCGCCUUCAGUUCCCAGCCAGGCACAAUACCCGUGCCAGCAGCCGGCUGCAGCCCCCAGCCAGGCGCAAUACACCUGCCAGCAAAGGCCACCAACAGCUAUGGAGAUGCAGCGUCAGCAGGCACAGCAGCGUGAAAUGCUCGAAACGUACGACAAUACGACCUAUAUUCAAAUGCCCCCGGCACAGCCACAGAGGCCGCCCUGCCUGAGACCCAAUGUUCAGCAGCCACCCAAUGUCACGUUCUGCGAUCAAUAUAUGAUGGCUGCAGCUGCCAGUAGAAUCCAACCGUGUGGCAAUGUUGCCAGCGAUAGUUGGCCGAGCACGAGCCACAAUACUUGCUAUCCGCCUCCUUGUCGGCCUGCCACGGUCAUGGCGGCGCCCAGCUGCUCCAUGCAGAGCCAGGCAACCACAUCCCGAUUAUUGCCGUUUAACGAUACUUCGACGCCUGAGGAGCGUUAUAUUCAGCGCACCAAUACGCUCUUCUUCAACGCAUUGGUCAUGGACCAAAGCUGCCCGGGAAUUAUACAGAGUUCCCUUGAUGGUGUCGAGGACUUUAACGCGUACGCCUUCGACAUUGCAUUUGCCGGCAGCAUACCAGAAAAGCCAUACCCCAUCGAUCCCAUAACCAUGGUGGAAGCCAUUAAACUACGCAUCGAUUUUGAGCGAGAGGAGAUUCGGAAGAAGUGUCCACCAGAUGCAAAAAUGAAUGCCAAGGACAAGUCCAAGCGGGAUGCUGACACGGAUAGUCUAUCGGAUAGCAGUCUAAGAAAAGCAAAGGGAAAGGACAGAGAAAAGGAAAAGGGACGGUAUUAUGCUGGUUCAAGCAUCUGGAAAAGGCAAAAGAAGCCCGGAGACACGAAAUCAACAAGCGGAAAGACAUCUACUACACCCCGAGAGAUAAGCGACAUCGAUAGACAUUUCUCUUCCAAGAACAAGACGGAAGUAAACGACGGUGUGCUUGCAUUUCUGAAGGCCGAAAAUUCUUAUAAAAAUGGACCCAUACCCACGUACAAUGACAUUUCAGCCGAUAUCCAUUCACAUGAAUCCAACUUUUUUGGCUUGCCUAUCAAAAUGAAGAUCUACACCGCAACGACAUGGCCCACUGAAUAGCUCACCUGAUGACCUCUAUGGAAAAUAUUAUGGUAUCAUCGUUUUAAGGAAUUGAUUAUUUAAAUAAUAAAUAAUAAAUGUAGUGUUAAUUAUAUAA